UUGUCUUACAGGCAAAUAGUUCACAAUAUACUCGAGUGCUUUUAUUGUUACUUCCCAGAUUAUGAAGAAUAGAAUCCAAAAGAGUUUUUUAAAUCACAACUUGCAAAGUGCUUUCGGUGUUCACAGAGUAGUUUCCUCGUGACAAACCCUUUAAGACAAAACGCAGGGAGACACGAGCUUUUAGAGGAGGGUGAUGCGUUUCUAUUAUCGGCUGGUCUUCAUGCUGUCAAAUACUAAUAUCCUUCUCUACCCCCCCUGCAGUUUUUCCUACUUUCAAAAUGUAAAAAAAAGACGUUUAGGUUAAAAACGUCGCGUGUAAAUAGAGCAAAACCAAAUGCACUUUUCACGGUAGUUAGCUCUCCGACGCUAGGAAGCUAUGGUACGUGGACAAUAUAAUUCGCUGGGCAGGUUAGCUUAUGGCAGCUAACUCUGCUAUGCCGUGCAGUGACUAAGCCUGGAGGGUGGUUGAAGAAAAGCUUCCUGCAACUUACAGGAUACUAGAUGUCGCCUUGGACAGCAGGACUGGACGGAACCCUCUUGGCUGACCAACAUGACACUCGUUGGAAAAGGUGUUGCUGGUCAUGUGCCCAUGGACAAAACGGCCUUUGAGGGGUGGCUGGAGUCGGUCUCUGCCACUUUCCUUUCCCUUAAUGACCAGCAGCGGAACCAGUGUCUGGAUCAGCUCAUUUCUCUGAGCGGCGCCGUCCAGCUCCGUCACCUGUCUAAUGGCCUGGAGACGCUGCUGAAACGAGAUUUCCUGCGCCUGCUUCCUCUCGAGCUGGCCUUCUACCUUCUGCAGUGGCUGGAUCCGCAGACCCUGCUCACCUGCUGCUUGGUCUGCAAGCAGUGGAAUAAGGUGAUAAGCUCGUGCACAGAGGUGUGGCAGAGUGUGUGUCGGGAACUAGGCUGGCGGAUCGAUGAAUCCAUUCAGGAUGCAACUCACUGGAAGGGCGUCUACUUAAAGGCUAAGCGGCGUAUGAUGCAGCUGCAGGACCAGGAGGCCUUUGAGACGUCAUCACUGAUUGGCCACAGCGCCCGAGUCUACGCCCUGUACUACAAGGAUGGCCUACUCUGCACAGGGUCUGACGACCUUUCUGCCAAAUUAUGGGACGUGCGAACUGGACAGUGCAUUUAUGGAAUUCAGACACACACAUGUGCCACGGUGAAAUUUGAUGAACAGAAGCUAGUGACUGGGUCCUUUGAUAAUACUAUUGCAUGCUGGGAAUGGAGCACAGGGGCUAAAAUCCAGCAGUUCAGAGGCCACACAGGAGCAGUCUUCAGCGUGGACUACAACGAUGAACUGGAUGUGCUGGUCAGUGGUUCUGCAGACUUUACAGUAAAGAUCUGGUCUCUGUCCGCUGGCGCCUGUCUCAACACUCUCACCGGACACACCGAGUGGGUCACUAAGGUGAUAUUGCAGAAGAGUGAGGUAGAAUCGAUGGUGCACAGUCCUGGUGAUUACAUCCUGUUAAGUGCUGAUAAGUAUGAAAUCAAGGUUUGGCCUUUAGGCAGAGAAAUCAACUGUAAGUGUUUGAAGACGCUGUCGGUGUCAGAGGACCGCAGCAUCAGCCUUCAGCCUCGCCUGCAGUUUGACGGCCGUUACAUCGUCUGCAGCUCUGACCUCGGUGUUUAUCAGUGGGACUUUGCCAGUUUUGAAAUUCUCAGAGUGAUAAAAAUGGAGGACCCAGCCAACCUGUCCCUGCUGGGCUUCGGAGAGGUGUUUGCGCUCCUUUUUGAUAACCACUUCCUGUAUGUCAUGGACUUGAGGACAGAGGCUAUCUCAGGCCGCUGGCCUCUACCAGCCUACAGAAAAUCAAAACGAGGAUCCAGCUUCCUGGCAGGUGUGACCUCCUGGUUAAAUGGCCUGGAUGGGGGCAAUGACUCAGGACUGGUAUUUGCCACCAGCAUGCCCGACCAUAGCAUUCACUUGGUUCUAUGGAAGGAAAACGGGUAGCAAAACAAUGAGGUCGCACCGUGGACGUUUGGCCUGUGAUUUACGACCACGGUCUCUAAAAUAUAUAACUGCCAAGAAAGAUCAUUCAUGGACCAAAGCAUGUUGUCUUCACCUGUUUCUUCCUCAUCAUUGAAGUCCUCCUCUAGAUCUUUAUAUGAACUUUAACUAAUGGAAACUGAAGGCCAGCUCAGAACUGAAUAAAGGUGGUUACCUUUGCGCUAAAAAUGGAUCAACACCUGUUGUGAAAAUACUUCCAUGAAGCCAAAAUGACGACGUCCAAGAAAGCAGAAAAAAAAAACAUUUAGUAACCAAAAUAACAUCCCUAUGUUUUGUAAUAUAUGUAAAUGUUUAAAAGUACAGGAUUAUUGCAUUUUUGCUCUUGGACUAGUUGGCAAAGUGCCAGCGAGAACAUCUGUAGCCGACUAUAGCUGCCAUGUCAGUCCCUGAGCUGACUCCAUGGCACGGUACCUCUGAGCAGGAGUAGGGUUGCCUUAAACUCACUUGCUUUAAAGGGGAACGUAUUUGUUUUUCAGACGGUGUCGAAUCAAGACGGGAAGCUUGUUAAAGCUCGCACCAAGUGUCGCACCAACAGUAGACGAGUGCGUCGGUGUACCACGUAGAACACUGCAAUGCCACUCUGUUCGUUUUAAGGAUAUCUGGUUUAAAUGUCCGCUUGAUAAAUGUGACGUGCCUUUCAGUUCUUUUCAAUAGCUCCAGCAGACUGCAGUUAGGCGAUGACUUUAGCUGUUUUCCAUAUUCAGACCGACUUGGAUGCCUGUACAUUUCUACCUAUAUUCUGGAUAGUUCUUGCUCAGUGUUCCACUUUUCUGAACUGACUGUGUUAAACCUAUUUUUGCGAAAGGCCACAGAGAAUUACACAGGAAAGUUGCUUUGAAUGAGUUUGGUUGGGUCAAACAUUUCUUUUUGAAUUGAUGGUUAUUUAAUAUUACGCCACCUCUGUAGUUUACAGUAAUCUCACUGUAAAUUGACCUUAUCUUACUUUUUUUGUUUCCUCGUCCCGGCAGCACUUAAUUCAGGUAAUCAAAACAAAAAUGUGAGUAUAAUGACUUAAAUACUGUUGGGAAUACUUCUAGGUUUAAUAUAUUUACAUCUAAGUACAUAGUGUUUAUUGUCACAGAGUUUUCUGCCACAUAAUGACAGUUUGAGUCACCUUAAUCUAUCUGCUUCAAUCUUUCUAAUAAAAACUGGUAGUAAAAGUGUUUUUU